UGCAGUGGAGACAAGUCUCUGUGUUUCUCUCUACAGAAAUAUUCAACUGAAUCCAGCAGGUUUUCAUCAACAACAAACACUGGUGAGUUCACUGACCUACAGAGACAACAGGAAACUGAAGAUUCCGUCAUAAGAGUGUAGAUAUGUCUGCUGCCAGCUGUCUGCUGACUGAAGAUCAGUUUCUGUGCUCCAUCUGUCUGGAUGUGUUCACUGAUCCAGUCAGCACACCAUGUGGACACAACUUCUGUAAAACCUGCAUCACUGAACACUGGAGUACUAAUGUCCCCUAUCAGUGUCCAAACUGUAAAGAGGUUUUUGAUCCAAGACCUCAACUUCGAGUCAACACUUUCAUCUCUGAGAUGGCUGCUCAGUUCAGACAGUCAGCUCAACAGAAAGCCAGCAGCAGCAGCAGCAGCUCAGAGCAACAAGUUUCCAAACCAGGAGAAGUUCCCUGUGACGUCUGCACUGGAACCAAACUGAAGGCCCUGAAGUCCUGCCUGGUGUGUCUGGAAUCCUACUGUGAGACUCACCUGGAGCCUCAUCUGACAAGAUCAGGCCUGAAAAGACAUCAGCUGAUCGACCCUGUGGAGAACCUGGAAGGCAGGAUGUGUCUGAAGCACGAUAAACUGCUGGAGCUGUUCUGUAAGACCGACCAGAUGUGUGUCUGCAUGCUCUGCACUGUUUUAGACCACAAGACACAUGAUGUUGUUCCUCUGAGAGAAGAAUAUGAAGGAAAGAAGGCCGAGCUGGGGAAGACAGAGACUGAAAUUCAGCAGAUGAUCCAGAAGAGACGACUGAAGAUUGAGGAGAUCAAACACUCAGUGGAGCUCAGUGAGGAAGAUGCAGACAGAGAGAUAGCAGAUGGUGUUCAGGUCUUCACCGCUCUGAAGGAGUCUGUUGAGAGAAGCCAGGCCGAGCUCAUGGACACGAUCAAAGAGAAGCAGAGAAAGACAGAGAAACAGGCUGAAGGCUUCAUCAAAGAGCUGGAACAGGAAAUCUCUGAGCUGAAGAAGAGGAGCACUGAGGUGGAGCAGCUCUCACGCUCUGAAGACCACCUCCACCUCCUCCAAAGCUUCAUGUCCCUGAACACUGCUCCACCCACCAAGGACUGGACAGAGGUCAGCGUCCGUCCACCUUCAUAUGAGGGGACUGUGAGGAGAGCUGUGAGUCAGCUGGAGGAGACGCUCAGUGAACAGAUGAAGAAGCUGUUUGAGGUCGAGCUGAAGAGGGUCCAGCAGUCUGCAGUGGAUGUGACACUCGAUCCUGAUACAGCACAUCCCAAACUCAUCCUGUCUGAUGAUGGGAAACAAGUAAUGCUUGGUAAAGUUUCUAAGAAUCUCCCAAACAAUCCAGAGAGAUUUGAUAUUUGUGUUAAUGUCUUAGCAAAGCAGAGUUUCUCUUCAGGAAGAUUUUAUUAUGAGGUUCAGGUUAAAGGGAAGACUGAAUGGAAUUUAGGAGUGGCCAGAGAGUCGAUCAACAGGAAGGGAAGAAUCCCAGCAAACCCCCAGAAUGGCUUCUGGUUAUUAUCUUUGAGAAAUGAAAAUGAGUACUAUGCCCAUGCCGACCCUUCAGUCCGUCUCUCUCUGAAGUCUCGGCCUGAGAAGGUGGGGGUGUUUGUGGAUUAUGAGGAGGGUCUGGUCUCCUUUUAUGAUGUUGAUGCUGCAGCUCUUAUCUACUCCUUUACUGGCUGCCGCUUCACUGAGAAACUCUACCCAUACUUCAGUCCUUGUACUAACAAUGAUGGUAAAAACUCUGCCCCUCUGAUCAUCUCUUCUGUCACACUAAGUAGAACAGUCACUUAAUUUUCUGCAAACAGACUGCAAAACACUUCAUAAAAGAAAAUUACACAUUUACCAGCACUGUUGGCCUUUCAUGCUGAGUUCUUUUUCAGACUCUGAUGAAUGUUUUCCCCCUUUUUUGAUGCACAGUUGGGACUUUUUGGAAAAUGUUUAUAUGCUUUCUUGUUUUUUUUUCUUUUCUAAAUACUGCUGCUAAAUUUUUCAUGGCUUCCUAAAUUCAUUUGAAAAAACUUAAUUACAUGCACAAUAACAAGAUUCUUCUGUGAUUUUUUUUGUGUCCUGUAUCCAAACAGUAUUUGUUGUGCAUUUUCAAUCUGUUCAUCAAAACAAACAAGAAAUUUUGUCACA